AUUUAACUAAAUGACAGAUAGUCGCUUCAAUCUCGGUGAUUGAAUAACCACUGCUUUAUUUUCGUUUUAGCGAAUUCGGUGCUUGAAAGAAAAUGAUCCGCCAAAUCCUACUCAAGAACGACAUCCUGGUCCGUUUGGUGGCCGCCCGUGCCUACAGUCAACCCCCGACGGCUGGGAAGGCGGCGACAGCAUCUGCCCCAAAGGCUGUGAGCGGUGACGUUCCUGGACUGAGCAGCAAGUGUGUUCAAAGCAAGACGGGACCGAUUGGUCCGGGCGCUUCUCGCGAUGGCGAGUACAAAGUACCGGAGUAUUAUUGCUACGACAAGAAUAGCUACUUUGAGGCCGAGAUAGAAAUGAACAAAUUCCGGCUGCCACAACCAUCUUCGAAGCAAUAGUUAAAAAAAGUAAUGUGGUCAAGUGUAUAUAGAAAUGGUCAAUAAAAUGGAAAGUUAAAAAAAUCGUA